UCUUACUGAGGGCUGACUGCGGUGCGGUUAGCUGAGGGAUGAGUCCACUCUACUAUAUACUGUAUGGAACCAAAAACGGGAACCGAACCCAGGACCUUCUAACUCAUAAAGGGAUUGGAGCACUAGCAGGACCAUAGAGGAGCCAACAUGCCGCUGUUGUCACCGUCCCUUGUACUGUUCCUGUUGAUGGUGACGCCCAAAGGCAUCAACACAGCGCCCAUAGGCAUCAACAGCAACUCUAACCUCCAGUCGGAUAUCAACUCUCUCAAGGAAUCCGUCCAAAAGAUAAACGGAUGGGUGACACAGUUGCACACUGAGAUGAAGACCAUCCGGGGUAGAUUUGAAGGCAUCAAUGAACUACUGUCCAGAAUGAAGCCUUUCCAAAGCCAAAUCGCAAAACUCCAGGCGGGCCAAGGCGAGCUCAACUCGACCAUUAGCGCCCUUCACGGCUCUCUGGAAGGCAUGGAACAGCGGGAGUACAUCGAACGCUGUGAGUCUGGUUUGAUGGAAACACCAUAUGAUGGUGUGUUCAGUACCGGCUCGGCAACUGGACUCCGAUUCCUACACCUGGAAGCCACGUUUAGUAGGGCCUUCCGCACAAUCCCCAUGGUGACCAUCGGCUUGGCGCAUGUGGACCACGUCCUUAAUACUAACAUCCGCGUCAAAGCCCGAGUGUUAAGCGCCACCAAGACAAGCCUCAUGGUGGCACUCGGCACGUGGGAAGAUUCGUUGCUGUACUCUGCCAGUGUCCACUGGAUGGCCUGUGCUUGA